AUGACGGCAAUUACAGAACGCGCAUCUCCUAGACAUGUAUUCGUCAUACAGGAACAACUGAGGACCCAAAUUACAUCCCAUGUACAUGAAGCAAAGACUGUGAUAAAAGACUUUAAAGAAACACAAGUCAAGCUGGAAACAAAAGAUGCAAUAUUAAAGAUCGCGAACUAUAUCCUUUCUGUAGGACACAUCAUAGAAAAUGAAACUUCAUCUACACCUGUUCAGAAUGCUUUGGCUCAAAUAGAGGAAAACAUUAACAUCCUCAGACAAAAACAAGAUCUGUCAUUGUUGGAGGAUUCUGUGUCAUCCUCUGAUAUGCUAGAAUCCUUGAUCAUCACUCGUCCUUUGGAGGAUGUAGGAGGUUUGGAUUCCAUUACAGCGACCACAAGGAAAGUAAAGAGUUUAACCCAUUCGGGAUCCUUGGGAGAUACACGGCUUACUGGAGGGACAUACCUCCCUGAUGGCCGUCUACUGCUGGCUGAUAACAGGAACGGACAAAUUGUGAUGUAUGACAACAAGUACAACCUGAUUAACCAACAUCUGUUGGAAAUACAGCCAUUUGAUAUCGCUUACAGUAACAAACACAAGGUAGUGCUAGUAAGGUCUACUACAGAUAUACAACAGUACACUAUUAAUGGUGAUGAUCUAAGGUACAUCAGUGCUAGUCCAUUGCCAGAUCAUUCCAGUUCAACAUACCACAGUGGUAUCGCUGCACAUGACGAUACCAUACUAUUGGGUACAGAUAACUCUGUAUACAUGUUGGCAAUGGAUGGAACCGAACAGAAACGUAUUCCUCGGAAUGGACGAUGCGCAUAUGUAGCUGUGUGUAGUGAACUGGGACGGAUUUGUUAUCCAGACAAUAACAAAGUAGUGAGCUGCAAAAUAGACGGAACGGAAAUAUUCCGGUAUUAUAACGGGAAUUUUCGAUACAUAAGAGGUGUGUCAUUUGACAGGUCAGGUAGCAUAUAUGUGUGUUGUGACGGCCCUAGCUACAAGGUGCAUCAGAUACCAAGGGACGGACAGAGAGGUCGUGAACUUAUGCUGGACCAAAGUGAAAUCAGUAAGCCCUUAUAUGUCAUGUACCACACAUCAGAUGACAUGCUAUUGGUGACAGCGAAAAUCUUAAAUCAAAAUGUUAAGUUUGAAGUUUUCGAGUUAGGGAAUUUCACAAAAUGA